GUCCUUCACUUCCUAUCUAAUCCCAUGACUUAGAGCUAGGGCCUAUAGGGGUGAGUACCAAGGCUAACUGUCAAUGGCCACUCAAGCAACCCCCGACCAUUCUCCAGAAUAUCUGUCCUUCCAAGAGAACUUUGAAGCAUUGGUGUCCACAUUCAAAGCUCAACCUGCUGCAUACGCUGAUAGCCUCUUCUCCAAUGGCUACAUACCAGACGAAGUUCUCGAGUUCUCUAGACUGAAUGGAGUUAUGGACUCCAAUAAAUCUCGAAAGAUUCUAGAUGCCAUUAUCUCUGGAAUUAAGCUCAAUCCCAGUGUAUUCCAUGGCUUUAUCGCUGCCAUCACUGGCCCUUCUACUGACGAUGUUGUCAAGAAACUACACGAUAGUUACAAGCGUCACAAGACUGCGACCAGCCGUGUUGAACAGCUACAACUCUCUCCACCCCCACACCAGCAAUCUCCACCAGAGGCUCCGAUGUCCUUCAGUUUCCCACACCUCGACACCUCUAGCCUUGAUGAGGAUGAUAGAAUUGAAUUGGAGGAUCGGCUCAGGCGUGAUACAACGAAAAUGAUGUUUGAUUUCACUGCUUUUACUCUAAAUAUCCAAAAGUCAUUUGAAAAACGGAUCCAAUUGGAUAAGAUUAAAUAUUCGGUUCUCAACCUCGAAAUGUUUGAUCCAGAAGAUAAGCAAGAAAUCAAAAAUGCCCAAAAUUUGGCCCAAAUCUUCAUGACUCUACGUAUACGGGAAUACAUCUCCUUCUUCAAUCAUGAGAUAGUGCAGUACCUCAUCGAGCUGCUGGGAUCACCAGACGACAAAACACAACUGAGUGAGUAUUGCUCCGCACUUGAUCAGUUUGGCCAGCGAAAUGUGUUUGAAAUUCCGGCCGAAGUUUUCUCCGCAAAAUCUCGUAACAAAACGGCCAAAGUACUUGUUCUCAAGUGCACUGAGCGAGUAGCCACACUGGAGUAUGUAAAAAGGCUGACACAAAGAAUCGCUGAAGCACUUGGUCUACAAGGAGCAGCGCUACAACUCCGUUCAGUCAGACAAGGCUGCUUGGAGCUCCACUUUCUCAUCACUGUAGCUGUUGCCAAGCGUAUCUAUCCUGUGUCCCCUACUGUACAGGCAGCUCUCAGUGCAAUGGGGGUCAAAGUUCUCACCUGUGGAAGUACAGAUGAGGUGGAGACAUUUCUGCUGGAACAGGAUCUGAGCAAACUCAAACUAGAAGUUGUUGAGGAGAUGCCUAAGGACACAAGUACGACCACCUUCACUCCAAUGGACACUAAACAGAAAACUCUCCCAAGGUACAGGGAAUUACACGGGAUGUGUGAGAAACUGAUGCCUGAGGGCACGAGUACAACCACAUUCACUCAAAUAAAGGACACUAAAUAUGCAAGAGGCUCGGAUACAGUGGAGACAACAAAGAGAGAUUCUAAGGACACUCAACCUGUCAAGAAGGGUCCCCCUCCCAGAGAGUUGAGACCUCCACUCACUCUGAAAUGGAGAAGAGGAAAUGACUGCCAAUCAAGAUGGGUGACGGCGUACAGAGUGUUGUUAUCGGUGACACGGUGUAUGUUGGUGGAGGGCUUGCAAACAGUGAUCCUGACAGUUGUACAGUGAUGAAGCUCGAGCAAGAUAAAUGGACCAAACUACCAGAUUACACUGCCUAUUGGUUCGCUAUGACAUCACACGAAAAUCAACUAAUACUGGUGGGAGGACGUGAUCCAAACAAUUACGAACGCAUCAAUCAACUUGCAGUGUUUGAGUCAGGGGAAUGGACUCAUCCGCACCCACCAAUGAACAUUGCUCGUGAUUCCUCAACAGCUGUCUCCUUCAACAACCACAUCAUUGUAGCUGGUGGGCAUGAUGAUAAAGGACUUACCUCCUCUGUGGAGGUGUUGGACGUGGCAUCAAGAAGAUGGUACAUUGCUCAGUCACUACCUAACAAACGAGUAGCACUGCAAUCAACUCUCAUAGAAAACAUCCUCUACCUAAUGGGAGGUUACGGUCACAGUUGGAAGCCAACCAAGAUAGUGCACCACGUCGACCUCAAUGAACUCAUUGCAAAGGCCUGUUCCAACCUGGACACACCCACUCUCUGGCAGACAAUUGAAGACACACCACUCGUGUAUUCAGCUCCACUCAGUAUUAGGAGGUCACUAUUAGCCGUUGGUGGACAAGAUGACAGAUUUAACCUAAGUUCAUCGAUCCACCUCUAUCAGCCUGACACCAGGAGGUGGAUGAAAGUGGGAGACCUGCCUACUGCACGAUACAACUGCACAUGUUCAGUACUUCCUAGUGGAGAGGUCAUUAUAGCAGGAGGAUGGGAUAGACUUCGUUAUACUAACACUGUGGACUUCCUCUUAAUUAAUUAAUAGCUAGUGUUUAGGUCCGUUUGUAUCAUAACUAUUAUUCGAAAAUGUUG